AUGGUUAAUGAAGACAACAAUAACAUCUAUAACUUAAACUCAGAGGAGUGGAUUAAGAUUAUAAAAUCCCUCAAUGAAAAAAAUCCAUUGAGUGUGGAUGAGAUUUUAGCGGAAGUCAAUGAUCAAUUAUCCAAACUUUUAGCUAAUGAGGUUUCUAUUGAGCCGUCCAAACUUGUUCUUCCUGCUCCUAUAAUGUUGUUGGAGGAAAUAUCAUCCAAAGAUGAUGUGUUGAACUGUGCAAAUCACAUAGGAAAAUGCAAUAAUUCAAUUGUCACAGUUCCUCGGAAGAAAUGCAAGCAUUGGACUGAAGAUGAACACAAGUUAUUUGUCCUCGGACAUGCCAAAUACCAAGAAAAAUGGAAAGAAGUUUCAAAAAAUUACGUCCCCUCAAAAUCUUCAACCCAAAUUGCAAGUCAUGCUCAAAAAUACUUCCUUCGUCAAAACCUUCCAGAGAACAAGAGAAAAAGGAAAAGCAUUCAUGACAUAACAGUGCAGGACAUUGAUGCUGAAAUGAAAAGUAGAACAAAAUAUGCUCAGCUUAUUAUAGAAAAUCUGAUUCUUUAA